AUGGAGACCAAGUGCUGUAGUCGAUUUGUGUUUUGCUCCAAGACAACCACCUAUACCUUUCUGCUUGGUGGAGUGUUUAUUGCAUUGGGCUCAAGUCGGAUCCUCCUGAUGAAGUAUUCUGCCAAUGAAGAAAACAAAUAUGAUUACCUUCCUACAACAGUGAACAUAUGUUCUGAAGUAGUAAAACUGGUCCUGUGUGUGGUAUUGGCACUAUGGGUCAAGAAAAAAGAGGGUUGUUUGGAUCAUCCCUUUGAAUGUAUUUCCUGGAAGAAUUUUUGUAAUUCCAUGAAAUGGUCAAUUCCUGCCUUUCUUUACUUUUUGGAUAACUUGAUUGUCUUCUAUGUACUGUCCUACCUCCAGCCAGCAAUGGCUGUACUCUUCUCAAAUUUUGUUAUUAUAACAACAGCUCUUCUCUUCAGGAUAGUGCUAAAGCGAAAACUCUCUUGGGUACAAUGGGCAUCUCUGGUGAUUUUAUUCCUGUCCAUCGUUGCCCUGACUCUAGGAACUGGAGGCCAUCAGCAAAGCUUGGCUGCACAUGGAUUCCAUCACAAUAUGUUUUUUAAUCCAUCUAACCACUGCCUUCUUUAUGCUGGACCAGAGGAAGCAUGUGUGGAAAAGGGCAACUGUGUAGCACCGAGUUUCCUUCCCAGCUUCCAGUGGAAUGUUACCAGUACCAUGGCAGGAGCACUGAAACCUCUCCGCCUCAGCCUGGGCCAUCUGCUUAUUCUAGUGCAGUGUUUCAUUUCUGCCCUGGCUAACAUCUACAAUGAAAAGAUCUUGAAGGAUGGGGAUCAGCUUGCUGAGAGCAUCUUCACACAGAACAGCAAACUUUAUGCCUUUGGUGUGCUGUUCAAUGGACUUAUGCUGGGGCUGCGGGCUAAGGACAGGAGGCAGAUAGGAAAUUGUGGCUUCUUUUAUGGACACAACGUCUUCUCGGUGGCUCUCAUAUUUGUCACAGCUUUCCUGGGGCUGUCUGUAGCCUUCAUCUUGAAGUUCCGAGACAAUAUGUUCCAUGUUAUGACUGCUCAGAUCACCACUGUCAUCAUCACCAGUGUAUCUUUUGUCAUCUUUGACUUCAGGCCUUCUCUAGAGUUCUUUUUGGAAGCUCCUGUAGUGCUUCUCUCCAUAUUCAUUUAUAAUGCUGGUAAACCAAGAAGCCUGGAAUAUGCCACUCUGCGCGAAAGGGGCAAACUCAUCAAAGGAGAUGCGUGGGAGAGGUCAAGUGGGGAUGGAGAAGAAUUUGAGAGAUUGAACAAACCAAGCAGUGACAUGGAUACUGAUGAAGAUUCCCUCUAGCAUGAGGCUGGCUUAGAGGAGUGCUAUUACUCAUAGUGAGAGAAUG